AACUGACUCUUCCCGGUGCUCCCGGAGAUCGCGACCGGACCCUUCCCGGUGCUCCCGGAGAUCGCGACCGGACCCUUCCCGGUGCUCCCGGAGACCGCGACCAGCCCCUUCCUGGUGCUCCCGGGGAGCCUGAAUCGACCUUUCCCGGGGAGCCCGACCGGACCCUUCCCGGUGCGCACCGAGACCCCGACCGGACCCAUCCCAGGGAGCCUGAACCGACUCUUCCCGGUGCUCCCAGAGAGCCCGACCGGACCCUUCCCGGUGCUCCCGGAGAUCCUGAUCGGCUCCACGCCAGUGCUCCCGGAAAGCCCAACCGGACACACUCCAGGGAACUUAGACUUUUCCCGGUGCUCCCGGAGAGCCUGAACUGAUCCAUCCCGGAGACCCCAACCGGACCCUUCCCGGUGCUCCCGGGGAGCUUGAACCGACCCUUCCCGGUGCGCACCGAGAUCCCGACCGGCUCCAUCCCAGCAAACCCCAACUGACCGAUCCCGGGGAGUCCGACCGGCCCCAUCCCGGUGUUCCCGGUGGACUGAACCCCUCCGUGCCCGGUGCCGGUACCGGUGCCCACCCCAGCACCCCCCGCCGCACCAUGCACCCCACGGUGCUGUCGCUGGCCCUGUGCGCCUUGGGUGUCAUCGCAGCAGAGCAUUCGGGAACCUCCUUCGAGCUGUCGGUGGAGCCGGCGGUGCCGGUGGUACAACACGGGGGAUCGUUGCUCUUGAAGUUGAAGACGACGUGCCAAGAUCCCAAAGCAUCCGGCAACGUGGAGACGUCGCUUCGGAAGCGGAUGGUGUCGGCGCAGCCGGCGGAGACGGUGGUGGAGCUGCUCAACGUCACCGAGUGGGACUCCAGCGUCCUCUGCUACUACACGUGCUUCUCCGAGAGGAAGGUGGUGACCACCAAACUCACCGUCUACCGUGCGCCGGAGCUGGUGGAGCUGGAGCAGGUGCCGGCGCUGGCGGUGGGGCAGAGCCACAAGUUGAUGUGUCGCGUGGCCGGCGCGGCGCCGGUGAGGAACCUGCGGGUGACCCUGUUUCGGGGCAACGAGGUGUUGAGCACCAAAACCUUCCCGCAGCACAGGCAGGACAAGCCGGAGGAGGUGCGGGUGACCCACUGGUUGACGGCACAGCGCCAGGACGAUGGGCAGAAUGUCACUUGCCAGGUGCUACUCAACCUGGCACCCUACGUCCCGCACAUCAACGCCACCUCCAGCCCCGAGAUGUUGACCGUCUACGAAUUCCCAGAGGAUCCCGAGCUGGAGCCUGACAUCUACCUGGAGGUCGGCGAGACGGUGAACGCCAGCUGCGCCGUCGGCCGCGUCUUUCCGGCGCCGCAGUUCAAGCUGGCGCUCGCUGACCAGUCCCUGCCGCUCUCUGUCGGGCAAGAUGGCCACCAGGCCACCGCCGAGGUGGCCCACAGCCAGCCAGGGGACUUCAAGCUGGUUUGCACUGUGAAGGUGGGACCAGUGGAACGGCGGAAGGAGGCGACCGUCCACGUCUACAGUUUCCCCUUGCCGUUGUUGAACGUCAGCACGGCCAGCCCCACAGCCGGCACGGUGGUGCUGGGCGACUGCGUUUUGCCACCCGGUCACUCCCCCGGGCUCCGGCUGCAGAUCCGCGCCGGCCACCGCGUCCUGGGGGAUUGGGGACCGUCCCCGCUGCACUUCAACCUGACGGCGCGCGAGGAAGAUGAUGGGAUGGAGCUGAGCUGUGAUGCCGAGCUACCCGUCCACGGCAAAACCCCGAAGAAGAGCGAGACCAUCCGGCUCAGCGUCAUCGGCGGACCCCGGAUGGACGACAGGAGCUGCCCCCCCAGCCAGAACUGGACAGAGGGGCAGGAUGAGACCCUGCGCUGCUGGGCAUGGGGCAACCCCCGGCCCCACCUGGAGUGUGCCAAGGACAGGGAGCCCUUCCCCGCCGGGGUCCCGCGCCCCGUCACCCGCGCCCACGCCGGCACCUACCUCUGCCAGGCCACCAACCGGCUGGGGACAACCGUCCGGAGUGUCACCGUCUGGGUGCAAUACCACGACCCCGAUCUGCUGCUCCCGGUGCUGGUGGGCGUGGUGGUGGUGGCCGCCCUGGUCGCCGGUGGGGUGGGCUACGGCAUCUACUACCGCAAGAAGAAAAUCCGGGAAUACCGGCUGCAGGAACAGCAGAGGCGGCUGCAGAUGGAGCCGUUGCGGCCAACGAGGUGCUCGGAGGAAACGGCCGCUCUCAACGGUUCGGCGCCGGAGGCUCAAGUGUAACCGGGCAGAGACAGUGGAGGGGCCGGCAACCCCCUGCCCGUGGGCAAGUUGCCCCGGUGAGGGCCGAGCGCCGCGGCCGCCGGCUCCCUCCUACUGAUGUGAUGGUGCCAUUGGCGACCGCGGCGGGAUGGUGGAGGCUACGGUGAGACGGCGCCAGCCACCGCUGGUGCCGCAGGAAGGUGACAGCUCCCAGAUGGGGACAUGCCAGGCCGGCAUGCGGUUGGGAUGCCGGAGGGGGCGAGGUGCUGACCUUCCCGCCCGUCAUGGAGAUGCUCCUUUUCUCCCUGAACUUCAUCCUUUGGGAGACCCGAAGCCGGUGACACUGGGGCUGGGGGGGUCUUGGUGGCCCGGAGGGGCUGAAUCCCGAGAUUUCGGUGCCGGGGUGGCAUUGGCAUCGAUGCCGACAGGAGGGCGAGGAGCCGGAGCGGAGAGAGACGCAGCCACCGGAGAGGCUGGAAGAUGCUGUCGCGACAUGUUGCACCAAUAAAGGC